AUGCAGAACAACACCUCAGCAACGAUGGCUCUCAACCGGGCUGCCCUCGAUGAAUUCGUUACCCAGCGAGUCACUCGGGAGAUGGUUAGCUAUUUGGCUCAACAAGCGUCACAAGUGAUUCGGUGCGAAGCCCAUGUGACCAACUCUGUCAGCCAGCAUGGCCAACCGACACCCCCUGCAACACCUCCCAUGGAUCCAGAAGAUCCCUCUCUGCCCCCAUUGCCCUCUACUGAAGUCUUCAUUGCCUCUCUCGUUGCUCGGUCGCAGGUGCAAGUGCCCACACUCAUGAGCUCCCUGGUGUACCUUGGCCGUCUGCGUGCUCGCCUGCCCCCCGUCGCCAAGGGCAUGCGCUGCACUGUGCACCGGAUCUUCCUCGCCUCGCUGAUCCUCUCCGCCAAGAACCUUAACGACUCGAGUCCCAAGAAUAAGCACUGGGCUCGGUACACAGCGGUCAAGGGUUACGAAGGAUUCGGCUUCUCACUACCCGAGGUGAACUUGAUGGAACGUCAGCUGCUCUUCCUGCUGGAUUGGGACACCCGUGUGACCGAGGAGGAUCUGUUCACAUACAUGGAGCCCUUCCUCGCUCCCAUUCGUCAACGCCGGGAGAUUCAACUGCGCGAGCAAAAGGCCCAGGAGGAGCAUCAGCGCAAGCAACAGCAGCACCGUGAAUGGUAUGCCUCUUUGCUCACCAGCAUCCAUGAUAUCUCUACUCACACUCGUUCCAGGCGUCGUCUGCAUGUUUCGGCGGAUCUGCUGGCCAGCCGCCUUCGUCGUCAAAAGCUGGAGGCUAGAGUUGACGGUCGUCGGGUUCCUGAUAACUCUCUUCGUCGUCUCCCGAGCCAUGUCUCUUGCCCCAGCAUCCACACCACCCAAUCUCCGCAGUUCGCUGCCGAGUCCGAUCGCUACAACCCAUAUACCCGUCACCGAACAUCGCCUCACAGGCCCGCUCGAUCGAUCUCUCCCCCAUCCAUCCGUGAUGUUCCCGGCCUCUCUCAUACCGAGACUUUCAACUCCCUCUGCUCUCGUUCGUCCAGCGUCGCCCCCAGCUCCCGCGGUACUCCAGGAAGCAUUAGCACCGUUUCGUCCCAUGGGAAUGAUGAUUUUGCUAUCUCCGACUCGAACAGCAGCCCUUCCGCCUCUCUGACCUACAGCUACGUCAAUGUUGGCGCCAUGGACUCUAAGCAACCUUUCGAACCAGUCCGCCAAUCCAGCAAGAAGAUGAAAGUCCACGGUCACUCCGGCGGCUUCGUUGCCCGCUUCCUCGCCUCCGCCACAGGCUCCUAUGGCCGCAUCGGUCGGCCACACGCUUAA